AUGGACUCUUUUCGGUCUCAGUCUCAAUUUCAGCCUCUCUUCUGCUCCCCGGCACUUCCCUCUGAGCUGCUCUGGUACAUCAUCCACCAUUGCACUCAUCCCACCACCUUGAUCGUCUGCUCCAGCCGGGUCGAUUUUCUCACGGCUUUGGCUAGGGAUAUUAGGCAAAGCCAAGAAGAAGAUGAGAAGUCACAAGAUCAAGAGCAAGAAGAGCGGCGAAAUUCACCUCAACCAGACCAAGACAAGAUCACCCCGGGCCCCUGGGCCUCCCAACUCCUCGCCUCCCCCCUCUACCAAGUCGCCGUAGCACGACACAUCCGCAUAGUCUUCAUCCCCACCGUGUCCCACCUGCGCGCCUUUCUCUCUGUCUUUGAUACCAAUAAUAACAGUACCAACACCAACAAGGUUCCCACUUCUCCUCCUCCUCAUCCGUCAACUUAUGACCCCUUACCAAACCAGCAAAAACAUCCACAAUCUCAACGACUAUUAUUAGUCUACGGCUUUCUAGCCUCACAUCGUGAUUCAAGCGAGUGGAGUGUGCAAGGGCUGAACACCACGGCUGCUGUAUUGCUGGAGACGGGAAGGAGAGUUGGGUUGGGGGUUAUGGUUGUUGAGCCUGUUGAGUAUGAUGAGAGUCUGAGGAGCCUGGAUGAUUUGCUUAGGGAGAAGAUGCCAGUUGUGAGCGGGAGUGCUUUGAGAGGCGCAGGAGGGGAUCUUGAGAGAAGUGUUGGUGGUGGGUUGAUUGGGAGGACGGUGGAUGUUAGGAGGGUAUUGGGUCGAUGGUUCCAGUUUGGGGUUGGGAAGUGGGAGAGGGAAAGGCAAAGAGAUCGUUUGUGCAGUUGA